UCCUCCACAUCCACCUCCACCACCACCAGCACUGUCACCGCCUCCCCCACCUCCACUUCCACUGCAACAGCCACCACCUCCUCCACCUCCAUCCCCACUAGCAUGGUCACUACCACCACCACCACCCCCACGGCCACCACCUCCUCCACAGCCACCUCCAAGCCCAGCAGCACAGCCACCUUCUCCUCCACAUCCACAUCCACUCCCACCAGCACGGUAACCACCUCCUCCACAUCCACUCCCACCAGCACGGCUACCACCUCCUCCAUGUCUACUCUCACCAGCACGGUCACCACCUCCACCCUCUCCUCCCCCACCAGCAAAGUCACCAGCUCCUCCACCUCCACUUCCACAACCAUGGCCACCACAUCGUCCACUUCCACCCCCAUCACCACGACCACCACCUCCACUUCCUCUACCCCAACCACCACGGUCACUACCUCCACUACCUCCACCCCCACCACCACUCCCACCAGCACAGUCACCACCUCCUCCACUUCCACUGCCAGCACCACGGCCACCACAUCACACACGUCCACCCCCACCACCACGACCCCCACCUCCACCUCCACCUCCACCUCCUCUACCCCAACCACCACGGUCACCACCUCCACUACCUCCACCCCCACCUCCACUCCCACCAGCACAGUCACCACCUCCUCCACUUCCACUGCCAGCACCACGGCCACCACAUCACCCAUGUCCACCCCCACCACCACGACCCCCACCUCCACCCCAACCACCAUGUUCACCACCUCCACAACCUCCACCCCCACCUCCACUCCCACCAGCACAGUCACCACCUCCUCUACGUCCACUCCCACCAGCACAGCCACCACCUCCUCCCAUUCCACUGUCAGCACCACGGCCACCACAUCACACACGUCCACCCCCACCACCACGACCACCACCUCCACCCCAACCACCAUGUUCACCACCUCCACAACCUCCACCGCCACCUCCACUCCCACCAGCACAGUCACCACUUCCUCUACGUCCACUCCCAGCAGCACGGCAACGACCUCCUCCAGCUUCUCCCCAACCAGCACAGCCACCACCUUCCCAACCUCCACUCCCACCAGCACAGCCACCACCUCCUCCACCUCCAUCCCCGCUAGCACGGUCACCACCCCCACCCCCACCCCCAUGGCCACCACCUCCUCCACCUCCACUCCCACGACCACCACCUCCUCCACAACCACCUCCACCCCCACCAGCACUGUCACCACCUCAUCCACAUGCACUCCCACCCCCACGGCCACCACCUCCUCCACAUCCACCUCCACCCCCACAAGUACUGUAACCGCCUCCUCCACAUCCACUCCCACCCCCACGGCCACCACCUCCUCCACAUCCACUCCCACCAGCACGGUCACCACCAACCCCACCUCCACCUCGACCAGCACAGUAACCACCUCCUCCACAUCCACUCCCACCACCACAGCCCCAACCUCCUCCACAUCCACUCCCACCAGCACAGUAACCACCUCCUCCACAUCCACCUCCACACCCACCAGCACGGUAACCACCUCCUCCACCUCCACCCCCACGACCACCACCUCCUCCACAUCCACCUCCACCCCCACAAGCACUGUAACCGCCUCCUCCACAUCCACUUCCACCUCCACGGCCACCAGCUCCUCUAUCUCAACUCCUACCACCACAGCUCCAACCUCCUCCACAUCCACUCCCACCCCCACGGCCACCAGCUCCUCCACAUCCACCUCCACUCCCACCAGCACGGUCACCGCCUCCUCCACAUCCACUCCCACCCCCACGGCCACCACCUCCUGCACAUCCACCUCCACCCCCACCAGCACGGUAACCACCUCCUCCACCUCCCCCCCCACGACCACCACCUCCUCCACAUCCGCCUCCACCCCCACAAGCACUGUCACCACCUCCUCCACAUCCACUCCCACCCCCACGGCCACCAGCUCCUCCACAUCCACCUCCACCCCCACCAGCACGGUAACCACCUCCUCCACCUCCACCCCCACGACCACCACCUCCUCCACAUCCACUCCCACCCCCACGGCCACCACCUCCUCCACAUCCACCUCCACCCCCACCAGCACGGUAACCACCUCCUCCACCUCCACCCCCACGACCACCACCUCCUCCACAUCCACCUCCACCCCCACAAGCACUGUCACCGCCUCCUCCACAUCAACUCCCACCCCCACGGCCACCAGCUCCUCCACAUCCACCUCCACACCCACCAGCACAGUCACCACCUCCUCCACAUCCACUCCCACCAGCACAGUCACCACCUUCCCAACCUCCACACCCACCAGCACAGCCGCCACCUCUUCCACCUCCAUCCCCACUAGCACAGUCACCACGACCACCACCACCACCACCACCCCCACGGCCACCACCUUCUCCACAUCCACCUCCACCCCCACCAGCACGGUCACCGCCUCCUCCACCUCCAUCCCCACUAACACGGUCACCACCACCACCCCCACGGCCACCACCUCCUCCACAUCCACCUCCACUCCGACCAGCACGGUCACCGCCUCCUCCACAUCCACCUCCACACCCACCAGCACGGUAACCACCUCCUCCACAUCCACUCCCACCACCACCACCUCCUCCACAGCCACCUCCAAGCCCAGCAGCACAGCCACCUUCUCCUCCACAUCCACCUCCACUCCCACCAGCACGGUAACCACCUCCUCCACAUCCACUCCCACCAGCACGGCCACCACCUCCUCCACCACCACGGCCACCACCUCCUCCAACACCACCCCCACCACCACGGCCACCACCUCCUCCACGUCUACUCCCACCAGCACGGUCACCACCUCCACCCUCUCCUCCCCCACCAGCACAGUCACCAGCUCCUCCACCUCCACUUCCACAACCAUGGCCACCACAUCGCCCACUUCCACCCCCACCACCACGACCACCACUUCCACUUCCUCUACCCCAACCACCACGGUCACCACCUCCACCCCCACCUCCACUCCCACCAGCACGGCCACCACCUCCUCCACCACCACGGCCCCCACCUCCUCCAACACCACCCCCACCACCACGGCCACCACCUCCUCCACCAUAGUCACCAGCUCCUGCACCUCCUCUUCCACAACCAUGGCCACCACAUCGCCCACUUCCACCCCCAUCACCACGACCACCACCUCCACUUCCUCUACCCCAACCACCACGGUCACUACCUCCACUACCUCCACCCCCACCACCACUCCCACCAGCACAGUCACUACCUCCUCCCAUUCCACUGUCAGCACCACGGCCACCACAUCACACACGUCCACCCCCACCACCACGACCACCACCUCCACCUCCACCUCCUCUACCCCAACCACCACGGUCACUACCUCCACUACCUCCACUCCCACCUCCACUCCCACCAGAACAGUCACCAUCUCCUCCACUUCCACUUCCACCAGCACGGCCAACACAUCGCCCACAUCCACCCCCCCCACCACGACCACCACCUCCACCCCAACCACCAUGUUCACCACCUCCAAAACCUCCACCCCCACCUCCACUCCCACCAGCACAGUCACCACCUCCUCUACGUCCACUCCCAGCAGCACGGCCACGACCUCCUCCAGCUUCUCCCCAACCAGCACAGCCACCACCUUCCCAACCUCCACUCCCACCAGCACAGCCACCACCUCCUCCACCUCCAUCCCCACUAGCACAGUCACCACCACCACCCCCACGGCCACCACCUCCUCCACAUCCACCUCCACCACCACCAGCACGGUCACCGCCUCCUCCACAUCCACUCCCACCCCCACGUCCACCACCUCCUCCACAUCCACUCCCAACAGCACGGUCACCACCAACCCCACCUCCACCUCGACCAGCACGGUCACCGCCUCCUCCACAUCCACUCCCACCCCCACGUCCACCACCUCCUCCACAUCCACCUCCGCCCCCACCAGCACGGUAACCACCUCCUCCACCUCCACCCCCACGACCACCACCUCCUCCACAUCCACCUCCACCCCCACAAGCACUGUCACCGCCUCCUCCACAUCCACUCCCACCCCCACGGCCACCAGCUCCUCCACAUCCACCUCCAUCCCCACCAGCACUGUCACCACCUCCUCCACAACCACUCCCACCAGCACAGUCACCACCUUCCCAACCUCCACUCCCACCACCACAGUCACCACCUUCCCAACCUCCACACCCGCCAGCACAGCCGCCACCUCUUCCACCUCCAUCCCCACUAGCACAGUCACCACCACCACCACCACCACCCCCACGGCCACCACCUUCUCCCCAUCCACCUCCACCCCCACCAGCACGGUCACCGCCUCCUCCACCUCCAUCCCCACUAGCACGGUCACCACCACCACCCCCACGGCCACCACCUCCUCCACAUCCACCUCCACUCCGACCAGCACGGUUACCGCCUCCUCCACAUCCACCUCCACCCCCACCAGCACGGUAACCACCUCCUCCACAUCCACUCCCACCACCACCACCUCCUCCACAGCCACCUCCAAGCCCAGCAGCACAGCCACCUUCUCCUCCACAUCCACCACCACUCCCACCAGCACGGUAACCACCUCCUCCACAUCCACUCCCACCAGCACGGCUACCACCUCCUCCACGUCUACUCUCACCAGCACGGUCACCACCUCCACCCUCUCCUCCCCCACCAGCACAGUCACCACCUCCUCCACCACCACGGCCACCACCUCCUCCAACACCACCCCCACCACCACGGCCACCACCUCCUCCACGUCUACUCCCACCAGCACGGUCACCACCUCCACCCUCUCCUCCCCCACCAGCACAGUCACCAGCUCCUCCACCUCCACUUCCACAACCAUGGCCACCACAUCGCCCACUUCCACCCCCACCACCACGACCACCACUUCCACUUCCUCUACCCCAACCACCACGGUCACUACCUCCACUACCUCCACCCCCACCUCCAUCCCCACUAGCACAGUCACCACCACCACCACCACCACCCCCACGGCCACCACCUUCUCCACAUCCACCUCCACCCCCACCAGCACGGUCACCGCCUCCUCCACAUCCACUCCCACCCCCGCGGCCACCAGCUCCUCCAUAUCCACCUCGACUCCCACCAGCACAGUCACCACCUCCCCCAAUUCCACUCCCACCAGCACAGUCACCACCUCCCCCACCUCCACCCCCACCAGCACAGUCACCACCUCCCCCACCUCCACUCCCAUCAGCACAGUCACCACCUCCCCCACCUCCACUCCCAUCAGCACAGUCACCACCUCCUCCACAUCCACUCCCACCACCACAGUCACCACCUCCUCCACCUCCACUCCCACCAGCACAGUCACCACCUUCCCAACCUCCAGGAUCACCAGCACAGCCACCACCUCCUCCACCUCCAUCCCCACUAGCGCGGUCACCACCACCACCACCACCCCCACGGCCACCACCUCCUCCACAUCCACCUCCACUCCCACCAGCACAGUCACCACCUCCUCCACAUCCACUCCCACCUCCACGGCCACCACCUCCUCCACAUCCACCUCCACCCCCACCAGCACGGUCACCGCCUCCUCCACAUCCACUCCCACCCCCACGUCCACCACCUCCUCCACAUCCACUCCCAACAGCACGGUCACCACCAACCCCACCUCCACCUCGACCAGCACAGUAACCACCUCCUCCACAUCCACUCCCACCACCACAGUAACCACCUCCUCCACAUCCACCUCCACACCCACCAGCACAGUCACCACCUCCUCCCCUUCCACUGCCAGCACCACAGUCACCACCUCCUCCACAUCCACCUUCACCCCCACAAGCACUGUCACCGCCUCCUCCACAUCCACUCCCACCUCCACGGCCACCAGCUCCUCCACAUCCACCUCCACACCCACCAGCACAGUCACCACCUCCUCCACAUCCACUCCCACCAGCACAGUCACCACCUUCCCAACCUCCACACCCACCAGCACAACCGCCACCUCUUCCACCUCCAUCCCCACUAGCACAGUCACCACCACCACCACCACCACCACCACCCCCACGGCCACCACCUUCUCCACAUCCACCUCCACCCCCACCAGCACAGUAACCACCUCCUCCACAUCCACCUCUACACCCAGCAGCACAGUCACCACCUCCUACACAUCCACUCCUACCACCACAGCCCCAACCUCCUCCACAUCCACUCCCACCAGCACAGUCACCACCUCCUCCACAUCCACCUUCACCCCCACCAGCACGGUAACCACCUCCUCCACCUCCACCCCCACGACCACCACCUCCUCCACAUCCACCUCCACCCCCACAAUCACCACCUUCCCAACCUCCACACCCGCCAGCACAGCCGCCACCUCUUCCACCUCCAUCCCUACUAGCACAGUCACCACGACCACAACCACCACCACCCCCACGGCCACCACCUUCUCCACAUCCACCUCCACUCCCACCAGCACGGUCACCGCCUCCCCCACAUCCACCUCCACACCCACCAGCACGGUAACCACCUCCUCCACAUCCACUCCCACCACCACCACCUCCUCCACAGCCACCUCCAAGCCCAGCAGCACAGCCACCUUCUCCUCCACAUCCACCUCCACUCCCACCAGCACGGUAACCACCUCCUCCACAUCCACUCCCACCAGCAAGGCCACCACCCACAGUCACCAGCUCUUCCACCUCCACUUCCACAACCAUGGCCACCACAUCGCCCACUUCCACCCCCACCACCACGACCACCACCUCCACUUCCUCUACCCCAACCACCACGUCACCAUCUCCUCCACUUCCACUUCCACCAGCACGGCCAACACAAUGCCCACGUCCACCCCCACCACCACGACCACCACCUCCACCCCAACCACCAUGUUCACCACCUCCAAAACCUCCACCCCCACCUCCACUCCCACCAGCACAGUCACCACCUCCUCUACGUCCACUCCCAGCAGCACGGCCACGACCUCCUCCAGCUUCUCCCCAACCAGCACAGCCACCACCUUCUCAACCUCCACGCCCACCAGCACAGCCACCACCUUCUCAACCUCCACCACUGUCACCGCCUCCUCCACAUCCACUCCCACCUCCACGGCCACCACCUCCUCCACAUCCACCUCCUCGCCCACCAGCACAGCCACCACCUCCUCCACCUCCAUCCCCACUAGCACGGUCACCACCACCACCACCACCCCCACGUCCACCACCUCCUCCACAUCCACCUCCACCCCCACCAGCACGGUAACCACCUCCUCCACCCCCACGACCACCACCUCCUCCACAACCACCUCCACCCCCACCAGCACUGUAACCGCCUCCUCCACAUCCACUCCCACCUCCACGGCCACCACCUCCUCCACAUCCACCUCCACCCCCACCAGCACGGUCACCGCCUCCUCCACAUCCACUCCCACCCCCACGUCCACCACCUCCUCCACAUCCACUCCCAAAAGCACGGUCACCACCAACCCCACCUCCACCUCGACCAGCACAGUAACCACCUCCUCCACAUCCACUCCCACCAGCACAGUAACCACCUCCUCCACAUCCACCUCCACCCCCACCAGCACGGUAACCACCUCCUCCACAUCCACUCCCACCACCACAGUCACCACCUCCUCCACAUCCACCUCCACACCCACCAACACAGUCAUCACCUCCUCCACCUCCACUCCCACCAGCACAGUCACCACCUUCUCCACAUCCACCUCCACUUCCACCAGCACAGUCACCACUUCCUCCACAUCCACCCCCACCAACACAGUCACCACCUCCUCCACAUCCACACCCACCAACACAGUCAUCACCUCCUCCACCUCCACUCCCACCAGCACAGUCACCACCUCCUCCCCUUCCACUGCCAGCACCAUGGCCACCACAACGCCCAUGUCCACCCCCACCACCACGACCACCACCUCCACCUCCUCUACCCCAUCCACCACGGUCACUACCUCCACUACCUCCACCCCCAACUCCACUACCACCAGCACAGUCACCACCUCCUCCCCAUCCACUGCCACUAUCAUGGCCACUACCUCCUCUACGUCCACUCCCAGCACCACGGACACCACCUCCUCCAGUUUCUCCCCAGCCAGCACAGCCACCACCUUCCCAACCUCCACUCCCACCAGAACAGCCACCACCUCCUCCACCUCCAUCCCCACUAGCACGGUCACCACCACCACCCCCACGGCCACCACCUCCUCCACAUCUACCUCCACCCCCACCAGCACGGUCACCGCCUCCUCCACAUCCACCUCCACCCCCAUGGCCACCACCUCCUCCACAUCCACCUCCACUCCCACCAGCACAGUGACCACCUCCUCCACAUCCACUCCCACCAGCACAGCCACCACUUCCUCCACCUCCAUCCCCACUAGCACGGUCACCACCACCACCACCACCCCCACGGCCACCACCUCCUCCACAUCCACCUCCACCCCCACCAGCACAGUCACCACUUCCUCCACAUCCACUCCCACCAGCACGGCCACCACCUCCUCCACCCCCACCUCCACUCCCACCAGCAAAGUCAACACCUCCUCCACGUCCACUCCCACCCCCACGGCCACCACCUCCACCCUCUCCUCCCUCACCAGCACAGUCACCACCUCCUCCACCUCCACUUCCACGAGCAUGGCCACCACAUCGCCCACGUCCACCCCCACCACCACGACCACCACUUCCACCUCCUCUACCCCAACCACCACGCUCACUACCUCCAGUACCUCCACGCCCACCUCCACUCCCACCAGCACAGUCACCACCUCCUCCCCUUCCACUGUCAGCACCAUGGCCAACACAUCGCCCAUGUCCACCCCCACCACGAUGACCACCACCUCCACCACCUCCACCCCAACCACCAUGUUCACCACCUCCACUACCUCCACCCCCACCUCCACUCCCACCAGCUCAGUCACCACCUCCUCCACUUCCACUUCCACCAGCACGGCCAACACAUCACCCAUAGUCACCACCUCCUCUACGUCCACUCCCACCCCCUCGGCCACCACCUCCUCCACAUCCACCUCCACUUCCACCAGAACAGUCACCACCUCCUCCACAUCCACUCCCACCCCCACGGCCACCACCUCCUCUACAUCCACCUCCACUCCCACCAGCACAGUCACCACCUCCUCCACAUCCACCUCCACCCCCACCAGCACAGUCACCACCUCCUCCACAUCCACCUCCACUUCCACAGGCACAGUCACCACCUCUUCCACAUCCACUCCCACCCCCACGGCCACCAGCUCCUCCACAUCUGCCUCCACUUCCACCAGCACGGUCACCACCUCCUCCACAUCCACACCCACCAACACAGUCACCACCUCCUCCACCUCCACUCCUACCAGCACAGUCAUCACCUCCUCCACCUCCACCCCCACCACCACAGUCACCACCUCCUCCACAUCCACACCCACCAACACAGUCACCACCUCCUCCACCUCCACUCCUACCAGCACAGUCACCACCUCCUCCCCUUCCACUGCCAGCACCAUGGCCACCAUCUCCUCCACCUCCACCCCCACCACCACAGUCACCACCUCCUCCACAUCCACACCCACCAACACAGUCACCACCUCCUCCACCUCCACUCCCACCAGCACAGUCACCACCUCCUCCCCUUCCACUGCCAGCACCACGGCCACCACAUCGCCCAUGUCCACCCCCACCACCACGGCCACCACCUCCUCCACCCCCACCUCCACUCCCACCAGCAAAGUCAACACCUCCUCCACAUCCACUCCCACACCCACGGCCACCACCUCCACCCUCUCCUCCCUCACCAGCACAGUCACCACCUCCUCCACCUCCACUUCCACGAGCAUGGCCACCACAUCGCCCACGUCCACCCCCACCACCACGACCACCACUUCCACCUCCUCUACCCCAACCACCACGGUCACUACCUCCAGUACCUCCACUCCCACCACCACCACCUUCUCAACCUCCACGCCCACCAGCACAGCCACCACCUUCUCAACCUCCACGCCCACCAGCACAGCCACCACCUUCUCAACCUCCACGCCCACCAGCAGAGUCACCACCUCCUCUACGUCCACUCCCACCCCCACGGCCAUCACCUCCUCCACAUCCACCUCCACUUCCACCAGAACAGUCACCACUUCCUUCACAUCCACUCCCACCCCCACGGCCACCAGCUCCUCCACAUCCACUUCCACUCCCACCAGCACUGUCACCACCUCCUCCACAUCCACUCCCACCCCCACGGCCACCACCUCCUCCACAUCCACCUCCAUUUCCACCAGCACAGUCACCACCAACCCCACCUCCAACCCAACCAGCACAGUAACCACCUCCUCCACCUCCACUCCCACAAACACAGUCACCACCUCCUCCACAUCCACUCCCACCCCCACGGCCACCACCUCCUCCACAUCCACCUCCACCCCCACCAGCACAGCCACCACCUCCUCCACAUCCACUCCCACCAGCACGGCCACCACCUCCUCCACAUCCACCUCCACUCCCACCAACACAGUCACCACCUCCUCCACAUCCACUCCCACCACAACGGUCACCACCUCCUCCACAUCCACUCCCACCCCCACGGCCACCACCUCCUCCACAUCCACAUCCACUCCCACCAACACAGUCACCACCUCCUCCACAUCCACUCCCACCACCACGGCCACCACCUCCUCCACAUCCACUCCCACCCCCACGGCCACCACCUCCUCCACCUCCACUCCCACCAGGACAGUCACCACCUCCUCCACCUCCUCUCCCACCAGCACAGUCACCACCUCCUCCACAUCCACACCCACCACCACAGCCCCCACCUCCUCCACCUCCACUCCCACCACCACAGUCACCACCUCCUCCACAUCCACACCCACGAACACAGUCACCACCUCCUCCACCUCCACUCCCACCACCCCCACCUCCUCCACCUCCACUCCCACCAGCACAGUCACCACCUCCUCCACAUCCACACCCACGAACACAGUCACCACCUCCUCCACCUCCACUCCCACCAGCACAGUCAUCACCUCCUCCACCUCCACCCCCACCACCACAGUCACCACCUCCUCCACAUCCACUCCCACCAGCACAGUCACCACCUCCUCCACAUCCACUCCCACCAGCACAGUCAUCACCUCCUCCACCUCCACCCCCACCACCACAGUCACCACCUCCUCCACAUCCACACCCACGAACACAGUCACCACCUCCUCCACCUCCACUCUCACCAGCACAGUCACCACCUCCUCUACCUCCACUCCCACCACCACAGCCCCCACCUCCUCCACCUCCACUCCCACCACCACAGUCACCACCUCCUCCACAUCCACACCCACCAACACAGUCACCACCUCCUCCACAUCCACUCCCAGCACCACAGCCCCCACCUCCUCCACAUCCACCUCCCCUCCCACCGGCACAGUCACCGCCUCCUCCACAUCCACUCCCACCAGCACAGUCGUCACCACCACCACCACCUCCACGGCAUCCACCUCCUCCACAUCCACCUCCACUCCCAUCACCACAGCCACCACCUCCUCCCCUUCCACUGCCAGCACCACGGCCACUACAUCGCCCACGUCCACCCCCACCGCCACAACCACUACCUCCACCACCUCCACCCCAACCACCACAGGCACCACCUCCACUACCUCCACCCCCACCUCCACUCCCACCAGCACAGUCACCACCUCCUCCCCAUCCACUGCCAGCACCAUGGCCACCAUCUCCUCCACCUCCACUCCCACCAGCAAAGUCACCACCUCCUCCCCUUCCACUGCCACUAUCAUGGCCACCACCUCCUCUACGUCCACUCCCAGCAGCACGGCCACCACCUCCUCCACCUCCACCCCAACCAGUACAGCCACCACCUCUCCCACCUCCACCCUCCCCAGCACGGCCACCACCUCCUCCAGCUUCUCCCCAACCAGCACAGCCACCACCUUCCCAACCUCCACUCCCACCAGUACAGCCACCACCUCUCCCACCUCCACCCUCCCCAGCACGGCCACGACCUCCUCGAGCUUCUCCCCAACCAGCACAGACACCACCUUCCCAACCUCCACGCCCACCAGCACAGCCACCACCUCCUCCACCUCCAUCCCCGCUAGCAUGGUCACCACCACCACCACCACCACCCCCACGGUCACCGCCUCCUCCACAUCCACUCCCACCCCCACGGCCACCACCUCCUCCACAACCACCUCCACUCCCACCAUCACAGUCACCACCUCCUCCACCUUCACUCCCACCAGCACAGUCACCUCCACCCCCACCACCACAGUCACCACCUCCUCUACCUCCACUCCCACCACCACAGCCACCACCUCCUCCACCUCCACUCUCACCAGCACAGUCACCACCUCCUCCACAUCCACCUCCACCCCGACGGUCACAACCUUCUCCACAUCCACCUCUACUCCCACCAGCACAGCCAACACCUUCCCAACCUCCACGCCCACCAGCACAGCCUCCACCUCCUCCACCGCCAUCCCCACUAGCGCGGUCACCACCACCACCCCCAUGGCCACCACCUCCUCCACAUCCACCUGCACUCCCACCAGCACAGUCACCACCUCCUCCACAUCCACUCCCACCACCACAGUCACCACCUCCUCCCCUUCCAGUGCCAGCACCAUGGCCACCACAUCGCCCACCUCCACCCCCACGAGCACGACCACCACCUCCACCUCCUCUACCCCAACCACCACGGUCACUACCUCCACUACCUCCACCCCCACCUCCACUCCCACCACCACAGUCACCACCUCCUCCCCUUCCAGUGCCAGCACCACGGCCACCACAUCGCCCACGUCCACCCCCACAGCCACAACCACCACCUCCACCACCUCCACCCCAACCACCAUGGUCACCACCUCCACUACCUCCAUCCCUACCUCCACUCCCACCUCCUCCACCCCAACCACCAUGGUCACCACCUCCACUACCUCCACCCCCACCUCCACUCCCACCAGCACAGUCACCACCUCCUCUACGUCCACUCCCAGCAGCACGGUCACCACCUCCUCCACCUCCACCCCCCCCAGCACGGCCACCACCUCCUCCAGCUUCUCUCCAAACAGCACAGCCACCACCUUCCCAACCUCCACCCCCACCAGCACAGCCACCACCUCCUCCACCUCCAUCCUCACUAGCACGGUCACCACCACCACCCCCACGGCCACCACCUCCUCCACAUCCACCUCCACUCCCACCAGCACGGUCACCACUUCCUCCACAUCCACUCCCACCCCCACGGCCACCAGCUCCUCCACAUCCACCUCCACCCCCACCAGCACGGUCAUCACCUCCUCCACCUCCACCCCCACGACCACCACCUCCUCCACAUCCACCUCCACCCCCACAAGCACUGUAACCGCCUCCUCCACAUCCACUCCCACCGCCACGGUCACCACCACCACCCCCACGGCCACCACCUCCUCCACAUCCACCUUCACUCCCACCAGCACAGUCACCUCCACCCCCACCACCACAGUCACCACCUCCUCUACCUCCACUCCCACCACCACAGCCACCACCUCCUCCACAUCCACCUCCACUUCCACCAGCACAGUCACCACCUCCUCCACAUCCACCUCCACCCCCACGGCCACCACCUCCUCCACAUCCACCUCCACCCCGACGGUCACAACCUUCUCCACAUCCACCUCUACUCCCACCAGCACAGCCAACACCUUCCCAACCUCCACGCCCACCAGCACAGCCUCCACCUCCUCCACCGCCAUCCCCACUAGCGCGGUCACCACCACCACCCCCAUGGCCACCACCUCCUCCACAUCCACCUGCACUCCCACCAGCACAGUCACCACCUCCUCCACAUCCACUCCCACCACCACAGUCACCACCUCCUCCCCUUCCAGUGCCAGCACCAUGGCCACCACAUCGCCCACCUCCACCCCCACGAGCACGACCACCACCUCCACCUCCUCUACCCCAAUCACCACGGUCACUACCUCCACUACCUCCACCCCCACCUCCACUCCCACCAGCACAGUCACCACCUCCUCCCCUUCCACUGCCAGCACGACAGCCACCACAUCGCCCACGUCCACCCCCACCACCACGACCACCACCUCCACCCCAAUCACCAUGAUCACCACCUCCUCUACAUCCAUCCCCACCAGCACGGCCACCACCUCCUCUACGUCCACUCCCACCAGCACGGACUGGAGCACCCCGAACUGGGGCAGCACUACCCCAGUUUCCUGCAAGAAUGGCGGCACGUACAAUGGGAUCGAAUGCAUCUGCCGCCCUGGCUUCUUUGGUCCUCUGUGUGCCUCUGAAGACUCCAGCAAGGCCUGCCAGAAUGGCAGCACUCCCAUUGGCACCAAAUGCAUCUGUCCACCGGGUUACUACGGUGAACUGUGUGAAUUCUAUAAUGCCUCCAGCGACUGCCAGAACGGGGGCACCCCGGUGGGAAUCGAGUGCCUCUGCCCACCUGCGCACGAUGGCCACCGGUGUGAAAUGAAUAUCAGCACCGCCGGUUCUACCACUACCAGGCCUCCUAUCACCUCACCUGUCACCUCCACCCCAAGCACUGUGUCCCUUCCCACCACAUCCCAGAAAAUCACCAUGCCACAUACCACCACAACCAUCGCAUCCCAGAGUGCCACCACACCACGUGCCACCAUGACCACCAUGCCACCUACCAGCACAACCAUCGCAUCCCAGAGUACCACCGCAUCAAGUGCCACCGUGACCACCAUGCCACGUACCACCACAACCAUCACAUCCCAGAGUACCACCACACCACGUGCCACCGUGACCACCAUGCCACAUACCACCACAACCAUUGCAUCCCAGAGUACCACCAUGCCACGUACCACCACAACUACCACAUCCCAGAGUACCACCACACCACGUGCUACCGUGACCACCAUGCCACGUACCACUACAACCAUCGCAUCCCAGAGUACCACCACACCACGUGCUACCGUGACCACCAUGCCACGUACCACCACAACCAUCACAUCCCAGAGUACCACCACGCCACGUACCACCACAACUACCACAUCCCAGAGUACCACCACACCACGUGCCACCACGACCACCGUGCCACAUACCACCACAACCAUCACAUCGCAGAGUACCACCACACCAAAUGCCACCACCAUCAUCCGAACUACAACUACACAGGAUGUCACCCCCAUCUGUGAGAACGGGGGAACCUGGAUAAAUGGUGAAUGCCAAUGCACGUCCAGUUUCCAGGGAAACAAGUGCCAAUAUGCCGCGGAAGUUAUCGAGGUCAAAGCCGAGGUGAGCGUAAAAGUGGAUGUGAAGUUGCAGAUCACCAGCUACCCAUUCACCCCCGCGCUGAAGGACAACACAACUCAAGAGUACAAAGAAUUCACCGUAUCAUUCAAACUGCAGAUGAAGUUGGUUUACAGCAACGUCCCGGGGUACAAAGAUGUAGAGGUCCUGAAACUGACGCAGGGCAGCGUCGUGGUGGAUCACAUUGUCCUCCUGGCUUUACCCGUCACUGAGGAACUCAACAAAACCUUUGAGGAUGUGGCUGGGCAGCUGAUGACGCAGAUAGAGACGGCGGCUGAGAACCAGAGCUGCAACAGCAACACCUCCUUGAUGUGUUUCAAUGCCUCCUCCGCUAAUGUCUCCAAGGGGACAAUGCAAACAUUCAACGGCACCGAGUACUGCCAGAAAGCUGCCCCCGAAGGCUACGGGCAGUUCUACUUCCCUAAUUUCACCAAGUCCGGCUUCUCCUGCAUCUCCAACUGCACCAAGAGCACGCCCGGCUUCAUCAACUGUAACUACGGGCAGUGCCAGCUGACGCGAGCCGGCCCCCAGUGCAUCUGCUCCGAGCAGGAGUUGUACUGGUACCCCACGGAGCGCUGCGCCACCCGCGUCAGUAAAUUGGGCGUCGGUCUGGGCGUGGUCAUCGCAGUGCUGAUGAUUGUGAGCGUCGUCCUUGGCAUCUUUCUGUUCAGAGCCAAGAGGAUGAAAACCCACUUGAGCCUGCACUCGGAUGACACGGAUGCCGAGAAGUGGUACGAGAACGACUACAACGAGUGGAACAGUGCCGGGAGCUUCUGCAUCCGGAACGAAGGAGCCGACUCAGGCUCGGACGGCACCGGCUCCUUCAAGGUUAACAUGGAAUCCGUCGACACCUCUCUCCCGGUGCACAUCCAGAGGCCAGAGAUUGUCGUGACCCAGCUGUGA